AUGUCGUCGGGUACAUGUGAGACAGUUACGAUGAGUAUCUACGUGGUCCAGGUGUUGUUGCAGAGAGUACAGCUGGUUUUCUUGCCACAGGUGACAUCCACCAACAAGCAAAUCCAGUUUCACCAGAAACUCCAGGAAGUUGAGUUGGGUACACCAGUCAACCAGUACCAACAAAAACCGAGUAGGGAUGAACUCGCGUUCCUCACUUACUUGAAAGAGAAACAAGAUUUUGUCGGCGGCUUGCUUCAGAUCAUCAAGGCCAUAUACGUCAGCGGUGAGGAUCUGCAAUUCCUCCAAAGAGACAAACCCCGUUUCUAG